GGAUCGAAACCUGUCUCUGAUAUUUGGAGUUGAUUUUUUAUUUUCAUUUUUUAAAAUUUUUUUAAUUGUCCUGUUUAGCUAUUUUCUUCUCCCAUUCGCACCUUUCAAACGCCCUAAUUUAUUGCUUAUUUCCUUCUCCAUUCGCGCCCUUCAAACCCUAAUUUAUUGGUUCAAAAACUUUCUGAAGGGCAUCUACUUGGAAGGCCAAGGAACAUGGAUGAUAAAAAUCCUAGCCCGCGGGAAGUUCUCUGGUACCCACUUCAAGUUCUGUUUCUCUGCACGAUAAUUCUUUCCGACAGCAAUAUGGAUCACCUCCGUGGCUUCCGAUCUCCGAAAAGCCGCUUCUAUGCUGACGUGGUGGACCCGGUCCGAGCAAGGACCCACCGCCCAGAGGGGCCCACUAUGCCACUCAUAUCACCUACUCUUCCCGCCAAAAACAUGGCUUCGGCUUCAGCUUCCGCUCGCCUCCUCAUCUGCUCUGACUGGUAGUUGUCUUCUCCUCUCCCCCAAAAAUCCACGAUUUCCUCCUCCGCUUUCGCUAAUGGCCCCCGAAAACACUAAUCUCCUUUUACCGCUUGGAUCCUUGAAACCAUGGCGAUUCCAUCCCCGGAUCGAGCUCCCGAUCUCUCUCCGAUCGGGAAGAACACUAACCCUAAUCUCUCUGACGAUACCCUCCUCACCGAGCUCCAGUCCAGAUCUAUGGCGACGGAGGAAACCCUAGGUGAUCUCCGCGCGAGCAGUCGCGAUAUCUCUCGAGCGCUGGAGGAGGCGUCGAGGGAACGGGACGAGCUCCAGAUUAAGCUCCUCGAGGUUGAGGUUGCUCCCAAGGAGCAGGAGGAGGCGCGAGCGAAGAAGAGAAGGGAUCUCGAGAGUGAGAUUGAGAUAUCUAGCGUAGGGGUUUCCAACCUGAUUGAGGAACAGAAGAAGCGAGAUCGGGUUUUGUCAGGGGCUCUCAGCUCGGUCCGAUCAGUCCGGGAGAUCUUGGAGAGGAUUGGCGAUAGGGUUUGUGAGGACAAAUUUGAUAGGAGUCGAGAGAUCAAAUCCGAUUUGGACGAUGAAUUAGAGAUUUUGGUGUUGGAGAUCCACUCUACUUGGGAGCUUGGAAUGGAAGUCGAAUCGAGAAUUAUCGAGUGCGAUGAGAUGAAACGGAAAGUGAAAAAGGAAUUGGAGGACACCGUUCGAAACUUGACGGAAGAGAACAGAGAUAUCAGUAACCUGCUAAGAGUAUCUGUUAAGGAAAAGGAGGCGGUGGAGCGAAGUCUCAGUAGGUUGAAGGAAAGCGGGGAGCAGAGAAAGGGCGCGAUUCUGCAAAUAGCUGAGAAGGGGUUGCAGAAGGUGGGGUUCGGGUACUUUAUGGGGGUGAUGGGCGGGGAGUCGCAUCCUGAUAAUGCGAGCACCAAAUCAGAUGCGAGUGAAGGCGAAGAGGACGUUGGUACUCUGUCUUCGACAGUUGAAAAGAUAAUGAAGAAUCUACGGCUUGAAAUCAGCGAUCUAAGACGAGCUUUGGAAGAGUCCAGAUCAGAUUGCGAGCAUUUGCAAGCUCUUUCAGUAGGGCAGGCUCAAAAGAUAACUGAGUAUGAACAAUACAUUACAGAUUUGGAAGAAAGAGAAAAUCUGCUGACUCACAGUGUUGAAGAGCACAAGGUGGAAAUUGCAGCAGCAGGAGAGGAGGUUGCGAGAUGGAAGGUGGCAUGCGAGCUGGAAGUAGAAGCCGGAAAAGCUGCGAUCAGGGAACGCGAUGAAGAGGUUGCUUUGUUGAGAGAAGAGCUCAAAAGGACAAGGGAAGGACUGGACAUGGCAAACAACAAGCUGCAGCUGAAGGAGAAGCUCGCUGCCACUGCAAUGGCAGCGCAAGCCGCAGCCGAAACCUGCCUCCGGCUGGCCGACAGCCGGUCUGCAGGGUUGCAGGAUCGGAUCGAAGAGCUAACGAAGCAGUUGGAUGAAGAAACAGACCGUGGCAGAAAGGAGGGAAGCGGCAGUGGCCGUCGAAGAGUGAGGCACAUCUGCUGGCCGUGGCGGGGCUUUAGGAUCACCCAGUCUGCUGCCACAAGAAGUGCUUCUUUGAGGAGCGGGAAAAGGCUGCCUGAAAUGGAGGCUCUUUUGCGUAUCAGAAUCUGAAGGUUCUUUCGCAGCCCUACAUUUAUGUUCCUUUUUGUAUUUGUGUCUAUGUUUCUCUUGUAUCACUGCUAUGAUGAUGGCGAUAAUUAAGUUGCUUGAGCACGAGUUUAUGCA